AUGCUGCAGCAGAUCCUCCGCGACAUGUACAUUGACCCGGACCUCCUGGCCGAGCUGAGCGACCAGCAGAAGCACAUCCUCUUCUACAAGAUGAGGGAGGAACAGCUGCGGCGGUGGAACGAGAGGGAAGAAGAAGAGGCUGUGCAGUGGGGAGAUGGCAUCCAGCCACCUGCUACAAGUCAAAACUCCCCUAAUAAACAUGUUCAGUGGCUUCAUGGGACUGAUGGAGAAGUCUGGGUCUGGAUUAUGGGAGAAGCUGCAGGAGACACACCAUACGAAGAGAUUUCAGAGGCGCUAAUAGCGGAAAGGGCCAGGAAGCAAGCCCGGAAGGAGGCAGAGGAACUCUGGAAACAAAAGGAGGCUGAAAUCACCAAGAAGUUCCGGGAUGCUAUGGCAAAUGAGAGAGCCCGGAUUCUGGCGGAAAAGUGGAAAGUUGAAAUGGAAGACCGGAAGGCAGCCAAAGUGAUGGAAGAGAAGAUCCAAGAGGAACUAAAGAGAAUUGAAGAAGAAGAGAGACAACGAGGAGAGGAACAGAUUUGCCUUCAGGAAGAACAGAGAGCAAAGGAGUUAUACUGGAGCCUGAAACAAGCCCAAGAGACCCAAGCCAGCGAAAAGGAAGAGCUGGAGUGGGAGGAACAGUUGCGCCGUUCCAAAGCCGCAGACGAAGAGAGGCGGCACCAAGCCCGGUGGGCCCGGGCCGAACACCAGAGACAUUCCUUCCGAGCCAUAGAGAAGGGCAAAGUUGCCGGUCUGAGCAGUAUGUUCCAGGGAAUUGGCUUGGAUAAUGCACAGGGAGAAAAUGUGCACCACCAGCCCUCCCCUGACCUGUCAACAUCUCUCCCUGGGCCACUCAGCAGGACCAAGGCCCGGCCCCCUCGGCCUGUCUCCAGGGACACUGUCACCCGCUGGUUCAGAGAAGAGCAGUUACCUCGCCGGGCCUGCUUUGAGAGGAACACCAAAUCCAUCGCCCCUUGGUUCCAUGGGAUUAUCAGUCGGAAAGAGGCAGAAGAUUUACUGGUCACUAUGACAGAGGGGGCAUUCCUGGUGCGGGUCAGUGACAAAAUCUGGGGCUACGCCCUCUCCUAUCGCCAGCAGAAUGGGUUCAAGCAUUUCCUGGUGGAUGCCUCAAGCGAUUUCUACAGCUUCUUGGGGGUGGAUCCCAGCCGACAUGCUACUCUCACGGACCUGAUUGAUUUCCACAAGGAAGAAAUCAUCACUGCCUCAGGUGGAGAACUACUGCUGUAUCCCUGUGGACAGAGGGAAGAUCCUCCAGACUAUCACCUAUUAUUUGAAUGACUUUCUUUUUUUCUGGAGGCCUGAACUGAGCCCCUCACCCAUCCUGCUCCCUCUCCCAGUUCUCACUGCUCUGUCUUCUUACAGAAGGGAUGUCAAUGUCAUAUGAUUGAUUAAGAUUAUUCCAAACUUUGCUAAAGCCUCUGAUAAAUAACGGUUGCCAUAGCCAAUUAUUAAUGAAUCAUUAAUUAUGAGUCCAUCAAGAACAUGUCCAGAUAGGGCAAGUCUAUGGUUCAGCCUCUCAUAAGGAUCGUUGCUACCAAUUUGCAUCAGAAGCGGACUGGCCUAGUAGUAGAGCAGGGACCUGGG